GGGUGUCAAUCCUCUUAAACGGGUAAUCUGCUACCCAUCUGCCAUCAACCACUUCUCACCUCGGUCAACAUGGCACACCCUCCAUUAUUAUAAUUCCUGAUCUGGCUAUAAUUAGGAAUUAUACCAAAGGUCGAACCCAGCAGAAGACACCUGAGGGGGUUCUCGUGGGUGCCAUCCCUCCCGCAUACCAUGCUGCUGUCUCCUCAGGCGGAGAGGAACUGGGAGGAAGUGUGCUCGUUGCUUCAGGAGGCGCUGGAGGAACAAUCACACCGGCAGCUCUUCGCCUUGGAGCUGGGAUCCGGAACCGGGCAGCAUGUCAUCCGCUUCGCCCAGAAGAUGCCCUUCGUCACCUGGCAGCCGUCCGACAUCCAAGAGGAGGCUCGGCAGAGCAUCAAGGCAUACAUCGCCGCAACCAACGUGACGACAGUGCUGCCACCUGUGCACCUGGAUGCCAGUGAGCCAUGGGAGAAGUGGGCGGGGGUCUGUCGCGGUUCCUGUGAUGUCAUUGUUGCUAUCAACCUACUCCAGUACAGCCCCUUCAAGACAGCACAGGGUGUUUUCAACGGGGCAGGUCAGAUCAUCAAACACAAUGGCCUGUUGGUGACAUACGGGGCGUACGCUAUUAACGGCACUAUUACGCCACGAUGCAACGAACUCCUUCAUGAAGAGCUGCGCAAAGUGAAUCCCGAGUGGGGACUUCCAGACGUGGAUGUGCUCCGACAGUUGGCCUAUGAAAAUGGGAUGCGUAUGGAGAGGAUGGUGGAUAUGGAAGAAUGCUACAAAUGUCUCAUCUUCAGAAAAAUAUAACCAUGUGGGUCAAUGUAUCCUUGAUUGACCAGAAAUAAAGAGAUCAUGACCCAUGUGUUUUGUUCUCUAGCACAACGACAGAAAAAAAGCAAUCAAGCAAGUGGAC